GUAAACACCAAAGAGCAGUGAGUAUAAUUUAGACAAUAGGCUUUGAGGCAGAGUCUGCCAUGUAGAUCAAAGUAGAUUUUACUUCAGGUGGAAAUACUGGCUAAAACUAAUGAUUCAUAUUAUUCUAAUUCGUUGAAGGACUUUUAAAGAGCAAACAAACGAAUCCUUUCUGUUGCCGCUUUAAAUGUUUAAGCGUUAAACUGUUAUGCAAAGAUGAUGUAAUAGAAAAGGAAUGCUUCUGCAAUUGCUGUAAAACCAUGGCUCUAGGCUAAAAGUGGACAAAGGGAAGUGCAUAUAGCAAUCUACAUGUUGAUCAAAGCAUAGUAUUGCGGAUAUAAUAUUUAAAAGCAUAAAUAUGCCGGGCGAACAAAUGUUUAUAUAGAUUAAAAGAGGGUUCACAGCUGUCAAGUGUGAGAUGAGCCUAAAAAACACUAAACGUUCCAAAAUAAAGCUUAAUAUAGUUUAGAAGCAAUAUCAUUUGCUGGCAAAAAUUACAUUGCAUACAAUCUUUAUUGCAAUAGGUAGUGCUUAUAUCAGGAGCACGAUCUCUAAUGCAGUAUUUCAGCGAUUGUUUACUAAUGCCUUGUUAUGCACAUGGGAAAAACGGGGGAUCAACAUGGGAGUUUCAAGACAUGCAGGCGACCAAUAAGUGCCGUGCGCGUUUACCUUUGUGUUGCUCAAGCCAGUUUCUUAAUGACUGAUAUUGAUAUAUGGUAAUUUCUUUACCGGAUCACAUGACACAAUUACCUCAAGAAUCGAUCAAGAUGAAUUGCACGUCAGCCUACGUUUCCGAUUUUUUCUCCCUCCCGGGUCCUGUCCACACGCCUAUGGUGCAAUAGAUGGACAAAGUUUAACACAGUCAAGCUGCCUAUUGCUGCUCUAACGCCUAGGCAAGAUAUGACGGAGUACGAUGAUCGCAGCAAUUGCGCGCCUAAUAUGUAUUUACCCAACUGCGCGUACUAUGUUUCAGCGCCUGAUUUCUCGUCGGUGUCUUCGUUUUUACCCCAGAGCACGUCGUGCCAAGUCAAUUUCCCCUAUUCCUCCAACAUAGCUCAAGUCCAACCUGUUCGAGAAGUGGCUUUCAGGGACUACGGAUUGGACCACACGAGCAAAUGGCACUACAGAGGCAAUUACGCUUCCUACUAUUCCACGGACGAGAUAAUGCAUCGAGAUCUACUCCAGUCAUCCAACAGAGCGGAAAUCAUAUUUAAAAACGAUUCCGUGUACGGCCAUCACGGCGGCUCGAACCCCGCGUGCGGUUUCUUCACCGGCGUUGGCAGAAACGGAGUACUCCCCCAAGGAUUUGAUCAGUUUUUCGAAACUAUCAGUUCGGAGAAGCCCAACCCCGACCAUUCCAAACAAAAGACGGAGUCCGCCGUCCCCGGAGAUAUUGCAUGUCAUAAAGAGUCUCCAGACAGCGCGGAACAGGCGAAACGGGACCCUACCGAGACCACGGAGGAGGAAUCCUCACUUUCAACUUGCGGAGAGGACAAGAACAACGGCCCAAGUACAAAGUCCAGAAAAAAGAGGUGCCCGUAUUCCAAAUACCAGAUCCGAGAACUUGAACGAGAAUUUUUUUUCAACGUGUACAUAAACAAAGAGAAGCGUCAACAGUUGUCAAGAAUGCUAAACCUCACAGAUCGUCAAGUGAAGAUUUGGUUCCAGAACAGAAGGAUGAAAGAAAAAAAGCUGAACCGAGAUCGCCUCCAGUACUUCACUGGAAACCCUUUAUUCUGAAACCAUGACAUUGUCUUCUUUGGCAGACCACGUUUAUGGUUUCCAUGAUGUCAUGGUACGUACGUUGUUGGGACAUUAUGCAUUCAGUCGAAACAGACACGCAAGCUUAAAAAAUAAAUACGACGUAUAUUUUUAACUAUGCAAAGCUUUUGGUAUUGGAAAAAACGAACAAUUACCUCAGUGACAAUGAUACACCGUUAGGGUGGUUAGCCGAUUAUCCACAGCAUUCUACAAGCGAAGGGUACCUCGACAAUCUUUUCAUACUCUGUUGUUAAAGAAUAAAUGCCACUGAAAUGUAAUCGUAUUGUAUAUCUAUUUAUUUAUUGCAAAUUGCAAGGUACAUUGAAGGCUAAAUAUUUCACAACCAUUUCAUUAAGCAGAAAAUAUCUUUUAAUUACAGCAUUAAGUAUUUCCAUUAUAGUAGGACUCUGUGUGCAUUUGUUUGAUAGUAGCAUGUGAUGUAUUGGUGUAUUAAAUAAACCUAAAUACUUUAAAAAGUA